CUAGAUUUGGAAACAGAGACUGGCUGGGUCCUUGUCUGUAAGACUUAAAAGCAUUCUAUUAGACAUACUUUUUAGUCAUUUCAUUUCCAAGUACUGGUGAUAGAGAUGAAGCUCCAGGUUCUUCUACUGGCCUUUGCUGUGUUUAUUGCCUCUGUCCACUGUCAAGCACAAGCUCAGCUGGGACAAUCACACAAAUCUCCAGUGAUUAAAGGUCAGGUUCUGUUGUCCAGGCAACAGGGCAGGUCAUGCAACUGCAGUGGGAGAAGAAAUGGUUUGGAGCUGAACUGUCCCUGUGAGCUACACCGUCAACACAGAGUCCUCAGUCAGAAGCAGUGGGCUUUGUGCCAAAAGAAAUUGAUUCAGACAUAUAAAAAAUGUCAACAGAUGAUAUUUGGAGAAAAGAGGAAGGAGAAGAAAGGCAACAAAGGCAUCAGUAACCCAAUAUAACCCACUCUCUGGCUAUCACUGUCACUGCAAACUCUUCUUUCGCUACCCUGGAGAUUUAUAUAUGUAGCCUACCUAUUACACAACAUCUAAAAUAUGAAGUCUAUAUGCAAAAUAUUUUUUCUAUCUAUUGGUAUGUCUAAAAACAACCAAUGACAUUCUGUCUAACCUUCUGUGCUUAGAUUUCACAAACUAUAGGAAAGAAAUGUUCAGCUGCAUUUCAAAAUAAAACCAUUAAAAAAGA